ACUUUUCCCAAGGUCACACUUGACUAGUGUAGACUUUUACACAUUCCCACUUAUUUGUUAGGUAGAACUUAAAAAUGGUGACCCGAUGGGGACUGUGCGGUGCCGGAAAGAUCAGCCAUGACUUCAGUGUGGCCAUGAAGACUCUGCCUCCUGGAGAUCACCAGGUACUCAAUAGUAGCUAGUUGCAUCGAGAGCCUGAGCGUGCCAAAGAGUUUGCCAAGAAACAUUGGCAUCCCUAUGGCUUAGGUUCCUAUGAGGAACUGGCUAAUGACCCAGAGAUUGAUGUUGUGCAUCUGGGAGUUCUGCACACAGAGCACUGGCGUGUUGGUCUGCUGUUCCUCAAUGCAGGGAAGAAUAUGCUAUGUGAAAAAACCACUGGCCAUGGACUCCAAGCAGGUUACAGAUCUCAUCUGUGCCGCCAAGAAAACAAUGUAUGCCUGAUGGAGGCCAUGUGGUCCCGCUGCUUUCCUGUGUACACUGAGGUGCGCCGGCUGCUGGCAGAGGACACAGUAGGGGAAGUAAAGCUGGUGAAGGCCUAUUUUGGCAUCCCUCUGCUUCACGUUCCCCGUGCAGUGAAGAAAGAACUGGGUGGAGGCGCUCUGCUGGACAUCGGCGUCUAUUGCCUGCAGUUUGUGCUGAUGGUGUUCAAUGGAGAGAAGCCAGAGUCCAUCAAGGCCAGUGGGGUGCUGCUCGACUCAGGUGUGGAUGAAUCUGUGAUUGUUGUGAUGAAGUUUUCCAGGAACAGAAUGGCCUGCUGCACUUUCUCUGUUGCUAUUCAGCUUGAAAAUGACGCCAUCAUCAAUGGUACCAAGGGAACCAUCAAGGUUAAGAGGCCUAUGCAGUGCCCAACCACACUGGUGGUGAACGACAGAGAGACAGAGUACCCUCUGCCUGAACCCUGUCUCCCUCUGAAUUUCACUAACAGCACUGGGCUUUGCUAUGAGGCAGAGGAAGUGAGGCAGUGUCUUCUUAAAGGACUAAAGGAGAGUCCACGGAUGUCUCUGGCUGAUUCUGUCUUGCUGUCAGCGAUCAUGGAUGAAAUCAAAAACCAGGUGGGCGUGAUCUAAACAUCAACAGCCAGUCCAACUGGCUGCACUUGU